AUGGCGAGGAAGAAGAAGUUUAAUGGAAAGAGGAUUCUCAACCUAGGUCUUCGAGCUUCGAAUUCAGAUUUAUGUUCUUCUGAUGAUCAAUCUGUUGGUGGAUUGGAUGAAGAGGAGGAUUCUAUCAUCAUGAAUUCUACUGGUCCACAAGGAGCGAAGAAAAAGAAAUCCAUAGCGAAGAUUCUGAAUGCUAUUCUUGUAAAGAAGCGGGAAGUUCUUCAAGAAUCUCCUGGGCAGAAGAAUCUGAUUUUGAGAAUGGUUCUUGGUUUGAAUAUCAGGUUCAAAGCAAUGGAGGUUUAUGUUAAGAAAAUAUGGGCUAAUAUAGCCACUCUAGAUAUCUUCAUUCUAAAACCUGGAAUUUUUUUGUUUAAAUUUGAAAACAAAGAUGAGAUGACUGAGAUCUUAGAAAAUGGCCCAUGGUUUUUUGGAUAUCGUCCGCUUUCUUUGAAACCCUUGUCAAUUGGUGAUGAUUAUGAAAAAAUAAAUGACUGCGUAUAUCCUGUUUGGAUUCUUCUACCAGCUUUGAAGCUUAACUUGUGGAAUGCUAAAAUGCUGUUGGUCGUCCAAUUACCAUUGAAGCUUAACUUGUGGAAUGCUAAAAGUAUAAGUAAAAUUGCAAGUGCUGUUGGUCGUCCAAUUACCAUAGAUAAACUUACAGCUAAUAAGCAAAGAUUAGCUUAUGCAAGGGUCCUUGUGGAAGUGUCUAUGCCCUCUCCUCUUCCAGAUUGUAUUACUUUAAAGGGUCCUGAUGGCAAACUUUUUAAUCAAAAGAUUUUAUAUGAACUGAAGCCUAGAUGUUGUAAUCAAUGCAAGCUAGUGGGGCAUGAUACUUUGUAUUGCAAGAGAUUUCCAAGAGUUCAGAGAUUGGUUCCUAAAAUUGCUGUUCCUGCAGUUCAGAAUGCACAGAAGGUUUCUAAUCCCUCUAUUAUUCCUGUGCAUGUUUCUAGUGUUAAUGAAAAUCUCCCAAAGAUUCAGACAACAACUACUCUUGAUCUCCUAAAUAAUUCAAUGCAUAUGCUUAAUAUAUCACAAAGGUCAGGUGGGAAGGAUAAAGCUUCAGCUAUAAGCCUAUCUUGCAAGUUUCUUAGCAAAUUGGAAUGUCUGGAAAAAAUCAGCAACAAGAUAAAGAGAAAGGGUUGUCUCCUAAUCCUCAUGAUGUACAAGGAGAGCAAGUAUGCAGAAUACCACAAUUUUCAGGGUUGCACAGUCUGGUGUAAUCCUCAUGAUGUACAAGGAGAGCAAGUAUGCAGAAUACCACAAUUUUCAGGGUUGCACAGUCUGGUGCAUGGUGUACAUGCACAACAUACUGAUCCUAUGCAGAAUACCACAAUUUUCAGGGUUGCACAGUCUGGUGCAUGGUCUUUACUAGAAACUAAGAUCAAAGAUACCUUAUUGCCAGGAAUUACCAGGAAAAUUGCUAAAACUUGGAACUGGAUGUCUAAUGUGAGAAGUUCAAUGAAAUCUUUUGAUGGUAAACUAGAUUGUGUAAUUUCCUCUAUCUAUGGAUUUAAUCAUCUGUAUGCAAGGAAAGUAUUAUGGUCUGAUCUGAAGCCUAUUCAUCAAACUGUUGGUAGUACUCCUUGGCUAUUAUGUGGGGACUUUAAUUCUAUUACUAGCAAUGAAGAGAAAAUUGGAGGUAGCAUGCUCACUGAUUUUGAUACAGAGGAUUUUAGAGCUUUUAUAAAUGACUGUCAACUUGCUCAUUUGAAAACCAUUGGUCAAGUUCAAUUCCUUGUGCCAAAAAUUUCAGAUCACUCUCCUGGUCUCAUUACUGUUAGUGAAGAAUGUUCUCAAGGCAAAAGACCUUUCAAAAUUUUCAAGAUGUGGAAAAAGCAUGAUUGUUUUCUCCCUACAGUUGCUAAUGCCUGGCAACAAAGGAUUAAAGGGGGUGCCAUGUUCUCAGUUUGCUUAAAAUUGAAAAAUCUGAAGAUUGCACUGAAGGAUAUUAAUAGGAAAUUCUUCUAUAAUAUAAGUGAGCAGGUUCAUCAUGCAAAACAAACUCUAGAGGAUGUUCAAAAAGAUUUACAAGUUGAUCCUAUGUCUCCUAAUUUAAUUAAGCGGGAAAAGGAAUGCAUCUCAAAAUACAACACCUUGAUGGAUUGUGAGUUAUCUUUUUUCAAACAAAAAGCAAGAAUUGAUUGGAGUGUUCAAGGUGAUAGAUGUACAGAAUUUUUUCAGUCAAUGAUUGAAGCUAACAUGCAUCAUAAUAGAGUUAUGCUUCUCUAUAAUAACUUGGGACAAAGACUAACAGAGGGAGAUGAUAUUGUAAAUGAAUUUAUCACUCAUUUUAAGAGUCUGAUGGGGACUACUGUGGAUACUACUCCUCCUAACAUCAAUAUUAUUCAUUCAGGACCUUGCUUGGAUGAUUCUCAGGCUAGGGAUUUAAUUGCUUCAAGUGUGGUUGGAGAUGAAGUUACUCAAGCUGUUGAUGAGUUCUUCAAAACUGGCAAACUGCUGGGUAAGGUUAACUCAACUGCAAUCUCACUUAUUCCAAAAGUCAAUUGUCCUACUACUCCUUUAGAAUUUAGGCCCAUUUCUUGUUGUAAUGUACUCUACAAGUUCAUAUCAAAAAUCCUGGCAAAUAGGAUUAGAACAGUUAUUGGAUCUAUUAUCAAUGAUGCUCAGAGUGCAUUUGUUGAGGGUAGGCAAACUACUAACAACAUUUUACUUGCUCAUGAGCUGAUUAAGAAUUACAGCAGAAAAUAUGUUUCCCCAAGAGUAAUGCUUAGCAUUGAUAUAAAAAAGCACUUGAUACUAUCAGCUGGAGCUUUUUAA